GACGCGUGAAAGACCCACGGGGAUAUCUCUCUUUCGUCACUGCUUCUUCCUCAUUUCUUCUACCUGGAUUCAAUAAACUGCUAUGCCUCGAGCAAAGAAAAUUGCGUCCCCGGCUGCUGAGCAACCCGCGACGGAAGAUCACUCCAACAUCGACGAGAAUGGAAAAAACGAUAGCGCCGGUAUCGAUGAAUUUGUGUUGCCCAAAGCUACAGUGACUCGAUUAGCGAAAUCCGUGCUUCCGCAAAAUACACAGAUUCAGAAAGAUGCCAUGACUGCAGUCAGCAAGAGCGCGACUGUUUUUGUUAACUACUUGACUGCCACAGCGAACGAACUCACCGUGCAAUCCGGCCGUCGAACAAUCAACCCCAACGACGUUUACCAAGCGCUCGAGAUUCUCGAACUUCCAUUUUUCCUACCGCGGCUAAAAGCCGAGGUGAGCGAGUUCAAUAAAGUAGCCACCUCGAAAAGACAAGCAAAGGCGACCGCGUCUCAGCAACAGCUGCCGCAGCAGCACGAUCAGGACGAGGAACUUGCUGCUACGAAGACUGCGAAGGUUGAGGGUGAAGAUAAGGCAGCUACCCAUGCUGAGGACGAGGGUGGCGACCAGCAGAAUGCAAAGAAGGCUAGUGCUGCUAAGCGACGGGCUGGUAAACGCGCGAAGACAGCUGAUGGAAAGGCCGCUGUGAUCAACGCUGUACGUUUCUUGUGUCUGUGUUCUAUAUGUACGAAUAUGUUCUAACUAGUUGAAAUCACAGGGACCUCGAGGAGACGAUGAAGAAACUGAAGUCGAGGACGAAGAUGAUGACGAACCGGAGGAUGACGAAGAGGAAGAUGAAGAGGACGAGGAAGAUGAAGACGAGGAACUCGUGGAUGCCAACGACGAUGAUGACGACGAUGACAAAUUUACAGACGCAGAGGAAGAACACAACGACGAAGACACUCU